AUGGCGGCGUCGUCUUCGAAUUCACCGGAGGCGGAGGCAACACCACCACCGUGGGAGGAAUUGCCGCGAGAGAUUACGGCGGCGAUUUUGCGGAGAUUGGGGACGGUGGAGAUGGUGACGACGGCGCAGAACGUGUGUACUACCUGGCGGAGCGUGUGCAGAAACCCUUCCAUGUGGCAGUGCAUUGACAUGCGAAGUAUUACAUAUGAAGCGCCUCCCAAUUCGGAGAUGGUAUGCUACGAUGCAGUGGAUUGGAGCAAUGGAGAGUUGACUGAUAUCCGUAUUGACUUCUUUGGUACCGAUGAUUUGCUUCUCUACAUUUCUGAGAGGUAA